AACUCAUUCCCAUUCCCAAUUCUCUCUCUCUCUCUCUACAGAGUACUCUUCAAAAAUUAAUGGCGACUCGCCGGAGAAAUCUUCGACUCACCUCCGUUUCAGUCGAUCUAAACAUCUGCCGGCCGAAGUUCUCAAAUCUCUUCCACCUCAAACCAAAGCCAUCGGCCAAAUCCCCAAACCACCAUCACUUCUCCGACUCCUCCGAUUCCGAAUCGCCGCCGUUCUCCGUCUCCGACUCCGACUCCGAGACGAGAACCUCCCUCACCUUCCGAGGCAUCGGCAGAAGCGGCGGCGAGAGCGUGGCCGUCGAGAAAGACUCCGACGAUCCGUACCUGGAUUUCCGGCAUUCGAUGGUCCAGAUGAUUCUGGAGAACGAGAUUUACUCGAAGCAGGACCUGCGACAGCUUCUCCACUGCUUCAUCCACUUGAACGCGCCUUCUCACCACGGAAUUAUAAUUCGCGCUUUCGCCGAGAUUUGGGAAUCUGUUUUCUCCUCCCGCUCCGUCGUCGUUUCGCCCCCUUUGUUGCCCUUCCAUUCCUAGCCGUCCGAUGCGCCACAUCAUGGGCUAAGAUCCAUGGACCCACGAGUUUUUAAUUUUUGUCAACUGUAUAAAUCAUCUACUUAGUAAUUAGUAUGCGUUGUUUUUAUUGUAGAUGAUCAUCUUUUGUUUAAUUUAACUAUAUUUUCCCACUCUUAAUUUUA